AUGGCACCUCGGUCUAUGCUCCUGGCAGUGGCCGCCGCCGCGAUACCUCAGCUGACUGCUGCCGUCUCUGUGGACUUGCCAAUUACUUACUACAACAGCUAUUCCAGCGUCGACGUCGAAAUCGGAAAGCCCUCCAAGACGUAUCGCCUUCACCCCGACACUGGCAGCUCCACCACCUGGGUCGUCGACAAGGGCUGCGCAGAAUGGUGCCACAACAACACACCGUAUCAACGUGUUGGAUACAACGUGACGGCGUCCUGCACAGGCUACCCCCUAAACAGGACCGCCGACAUCAGCUACUUGGGCGGCUACGUUGCCGGUGAUGUCGUGAAUGACAAGUUUACUGUCAACAACCAGACCUGGCGCCAGCCCUUCCUCAGCAUCUACUAUUCCGACUGGAACAACAUGCCUACCGACGGCUUCAUGGGCCUUGCUUUCGACAGCAUUAUGGUGGGAGACGCCAACAACGUGCUGACCAUGCUGAUGCCCGACCUCGAUGAGCCCCGAUUUGGCAUUUACCUUGGCGAGAGCGACGCCGCCGACGAGCCUGGCCUGCUGACGAUGGGCUCCUCCAAGGAGUCUGAGUACUCAGCCGCGGAGCUCACGAAGGUUCCCAUCGUCAAGGGCCCGGAUGGACGCUACGACGUCUGGCGGUCCUUGAUCAAGGGCGUUUCGUUCAAGGGCUUCGACUCAGUCAAUGGUGGCGUCAGCACGACGGACCUUGGCCUCACCAACGUGGUCUUCGACACGGGCGCUGGUAAGUCCUCGCUACCCACCGACAAGGUCCUUGCCGUGUAUGAGACCAUGGGCCUCAAUUACACGGAUCUCCUCGACGGCAAGCGCGUGCUCAAGUGCUCCGAGUUCAACUCGUCGUGGUCCAUCUCAUUGGAGUUUAGCCCACCCGGCGUCUCGGAGCCCAUUGUGCUAACGGCCUCGGGCGAGGACCUCCGCAAGCCCGGCUUCCCGGCGGCGCCCGACGCAUGCUGGCCGCCUUUCGAAGACAGCGGCGCCGAGGGCUUCACGCUCAUCGGCACGCCGUUCUUGAGGAACUUCUACACUGUCUGGGACUUUGGCGCCAAGGACGAGGCGGAUUUUGAGCCGACUCUGGGAUUCGCCCACGUACGUCAGUGA